CGGAGAUAGUGGGAGAAGAGAAGGUAAAAUUGUCUUGACAAUGGCUGCCACAAUCCCCCUCUUUCUUCUGCUUUGCUUUCUGAAAGCAAAACAUUUUUGACAAGAGUCCACCAGCUACAUUCCACACUUAGCUAGGCUUUUCAGUGCAUUUAUAGAGAGAACCAUCAUCUCUCUCUCUCUCUCUAAAUCUACACUCUACGUCUACAUUGUCUGAUGGUCCUAAUACCCAAAUACUAAAUUCAACGCCACGCCAACGGGGCAAACCUCUUAUCAUUUGUUGUCAUCUCCUUUCCAUUUUAUUCUUUUCUUGAGAUUUGUUUAACUGCAGUUGACCUAAUUUAGUGUAAACUUCCCCUAUAUAUAUAUAUAUACACAAAGAUUUCUGUAUAUUGAGACUCCUACAGAUUUAGAGAGAGAAACAGAGUUUCUACACAGAGGGACAGAGAGAGAGAGAAUGGGGAAUUCAUUUGGGUGCUCCGCCUCCGGCGAGAGACUGGUAUCGGCGGCGAGGGAUGGGGAUGUUGUGGAAGCCAAGAUGUUGCUUGAUUGCAAUCCUUGUCUGUCUAAAUAUUCCACUUUUGGUGGCCUCAACUCUCCUCUUCACUUUGCCGCAGCCAAAGGCCAUAACGAGAUUGUGGCAUUGUUGCUAGAGAAUGGAGCUGAUGUGAAUUCCAGGAAUUAUUGUGGGCAGACGGCAUUGAUGCAAGCUUGUCGGUAUGGCCAUUGGGAAGUUGUCCAAACUCUCCUGCUCUUUAGAUGCAAUGUUACAAGAGCGGACUAUCUUAGUGGAAGGACAGCUCUUCAUUUUGCCGCAGUAAAUGGACAUGUAAGAUGCAUCAGACUAGUGGUGGCUGAUUUUGUUCCAAGUGUUCAUUUUGAAUCUGUAAAUUCUCUAACAAAAGGUGAUAGAAGUGACAGUUCCACCAUAAAAAGCAGACACGACCAAAGUCCACUGUCCAAGUUCGUAAAUAAGGCAGCUGAUGGUGGCAUCACCGCCCUUCAUAUGGCUGCAUUGAAUGGGUAUUCUGAUUGUGUACAGCUCCUUCUUGAUCUUCAUGCAAAUGUGUCAUCUGUGACAUUUCACUAUGGGACGUCAAUGGAUUUGAUAGGAGCUGGAAGUACUCCCUUGCACUAUGCUGCUUGUGGGGGAAAUUUGAAAUGCUGUCAGAUCCUGCUUGCAAGAGGUGCCAGUCGGUUGACCUUGAACUGCAAUGGGUGGCUUCCUCUUGAUGUAGCCAGGAUGUGGGGGCGUCAUUGGCUUGAGCCAUUGCUGGCACCCAAUUCAGACUCCACAAUUCCAAUGUUUCCUCCUUCCAAUUAUUUAUCCUUGCCUCUCAUGAGUGUACUUUAUAUAGCAAGAGAGUGUGGGUUGCAGUGGUCAGCAACAUCUUCCGAUGAUGCUGAUAUUUGUGCCGUUUGCCUGGAGAGGGUGUGUACUGUAGCUGCUGAAGGUUGUGGACAUGAACUUUGUGUAAGAUGUGCACUCUACCUUUGCUCAACUAGCAACAUUCCUUCUGAAAUAUUGGGUCCUCCUGGGUCCAUUCCAUGCCCUCUGUGCCGAUAUGGCAUUGUCGCUUUUGUGAAAUUGCGUGGUUCUCCAGCAAAGGAAAUGAAAUUACCUCUGUCCCUUAGCUUAUGCACUCCAUGCAUGCUUCACCGGGAACCAGACCAAUCAACAGCGGCUUGUAUACCUGAGAUUCGAAAGAAUCGUGUAGCUUCUGUUUCUGCUGAUCUUUCCUGCCCAGUCACUUGUAGCCCAUUCCCUUCUGUUGCUAUCCCUUUGUGCACCUGCAAUAGUGGACCAUGUCCUUCUUUUGAACCCAGAGAGGGUGAAACACAAGAUGAAUCUCCUCAUCGCUCACAAUCCUCAUCACCAGAUCACGACAAGCUGGAAGGAGUGAGGCUUGAGAAAACAACUUGUUCAAGCAUGUUUUGGGGCAGAAGGAGCUGCAGCAGGGAGAAUCAAUGCAAUGCGGAAAUAAACGCUUGAUUGGUUUGGUGAAUGUUUUAGUCUUAUACCUUCUGGAUUAUACUUGGACAGAGUAGAGCAGUCAAUUGUUUCAGUUUGAUAGAUUCCCCAAAUCUGUCUUUGCUGCUGCUGUUUCCGUUGGACCGUUAAUGGAUCGAAGUCUGGGAUAUUACAGCAUUGUGACCACAGUCCUGUUUGCUUAAGAUGAUUGAAGAUGGGUUUGUAAAAUUUGUGUUGAAAGUAGAGUGAUUGUAAGCAAAUGUCAUCCAAGGGUUGACUCUUCUAUUAAUCAUUCUGGGUUCGUUUGUUACUGAUUCUAUUGCACGUAGUUGUUGUAAUUUAAAGAAGAGAAAACACUGGCACAGCAGUGAUGGUUUGGUUUUUUGUGUGUGCCCAAUAAUUACUAGUAUUAUUACGGGUGGGCAGGACGCUAGGCUUAACAUGGGUCCAACUGUCCAACUAUGGUAC